AGAAGUGGAUAGCAGAACAUGGGAACUAAAUCCCUAUGCCUUCUUUUGGCGUCUGUUCUGGUAGCAUCUUAUGUUUACACACCCAUUCCAGAGAAUAUUGAGGAACGCUGGAAACUGAUGCUCAUAAAUGCUGGCUUUAGAACUGUAUCACAUGUGGCUGAGUUUGCUGAAUGGCUGGGUUUGAUGCACUACAUGGAAGUUCUGAUGAUGAUCACAAGUAUUGAGUACACUGCACCAAUAUCAGAUGAAAAUGUGACCGUCACUGACACAAAAUUUAACAAUGUUCCAGCCCGUUUGUACAUGCCCAGGAAGCAAUCCAGUGGGCUGAAAAGGGCAGUGAUUUACAUUCAUGGUGGAGGCUGGUGUGUAGGAGGCUCAGCCAUGGAACCCUAUGAUCUCCUGUCAAGAUGGACUGCAAACAAGCUAAAUGCUGUUGUCGUAUCAGUCGAGUACAGAUUAGCCCCAAUGUAUCAUUUUCCAGUUCAGUUUGAAGAUGUGUACACUGUAGUGAAGUUCUUCCUACAAAACAGUGUUCUUGUGCAAUAUGGGGUGGACCCAAAUCGGAUCUGUAUUUCAGGAGAUAGUGCAGGAGGUAACUUAGCUGCAGCAGUGGCACAGCAGCUGCUAGAUGACCUUGAAGUUAAAGUUAAACUUAAGAUCCAAGCUUUACUUUAUCCUGCUCUUCAGACCCUUGAUCUGGAUUUGCCCUCCUAUAAAGAUAAUGAGAACAAGCCAAUUCUGCCCAAGUCAUUGAUGGUCAGAUUCUGGAGUGAAUACUUUACUACUGACGUCUCUCUUCAAGAAGCUAUGGCUUCCAAUAAACAUGUCCCUGCAGAAUCAAGCCAUUUGUUUAGAUUUGUAAACUGGAGCAAUUUACUGCCUGAAAAGUUUAAAAAGGAUCAUGUUUAUGCCAGCCCCAUUUAUGGAAGUUCCAUGCUUGGAAAAAAAUAUCCAGGAUUUCUGGAUCCAAGAGCAGCACCACUCUUGGUUGAAGAUACCAAGUUACUUGGCUUACCUGUGACAUAUGUCCUCACAUGUCAACAUGAUGUCUUGAGGGAUGAUGGAAUCAUGUAUGUCUCACGACUUAGGGAAGUAGGAAUUGAAGUAAUACAUGACCACAUUGAGGAUGCAAUUCAUGGGGUUCUAAUGUUUAUUACAAGUCCAACUGAUUUAGCUCUAGGACAUAGGGUAGCAAAUAAAUAUAUUGAGUGGUUAAAUAUAAACUUAUAAAGUGAAAAGAGAUAUUUAAUGCAUUUGGGUCUUAUUCACUGGAUCUGAGUGAAACACUGUAUUUGGAGAGAAAAGGAUCCCUGCUGAAAAUUGUGGAUGUGAAAUGCCAUACUGAAACUAUACAUUUCUCUACAAUGUUUGGGUUCAGGUUGGCUUCUUGCCUACUCUGGCAGGUAACUUAGACUGUCUCUAAUCUAAGUGCUCUUUCAUCACUGGGAUACAAAACCCAAGUACAAUCGCCCUUAUUACCAUCAGUUACUAGCCUUGAAUUUCUUUACACAAGAAUACAAAUUCCCCUGCAGCAGAUCCUUUUACACCUCACUACCCCUACCCACUCUGCCCACUCCCUUCCUCUUUCUAUUCUGUGGGUUUUGCCGCUGACCUAUCACAGCACAUCGUACUUCCCAAAGUGUCUUUGUCUUUCAGGACUUCUCUAUUACAAUCCAUGCCUCAUAAGCCUGUAUGUGUGCUGAUCCAUCUUAGUGUCCUUCCCCCCACCCUUGAAUGGAUAUCAGUGGGAUCACUUAACAAUAGAAUGUUUGAGGUAGCCCAUUUAAUAUCAUCAGUGGUGGUCAGUUCCCAUAGUCAUCAGUGAGAAAGGAGUCUGGAGUACAAGGGAGGGUGGAGAUGAAGGGUAGGUAGGGUGACCAGAUGAGAGGGAGAAAAUAUCAG